AUGGGCGUCCUAUCGAUUUUUCAGAUACUCCCGCUUCUCGUCGUCUCAGUUUCACACCUAGCGUGUGCAAUACCAACACAUGCCCAAACGGCCACCAUACUUAAAAGAGCGGAUCAAAUCCAGGAUGCCUACGAUUACGUGAUUGUAGGAGGAGGAACAUCUGGUCUUACUGUUGGAGAUCGACUUACAGCAGAUGGGAAAUAUACCGUCCUAGUAAUCGAACACGCUUCGGAUGAACUGAGACAAUCCCUACUAGACAACUCGACGGCGAUUUUGUCAGGUGGAGGUGCUGGAGGACGAGCGCCGAUUCGAAUGUAUAAUAUUACGUCAGUCCCCCAGAAAGAACUCCUGAACAUGCCUACCAACGUGCAAAUCGGAAAUCUGGUGGGGGGUAGCUCUGGAGUAAAUGGAAUGGUUUUCUUACGAGGAACAUCUGAAGAGUACGAUAUUUGGGCAGAACUUGGUGGGCCUGGAUCUACUUGGAAUUGGCAGGGAAUGCUACCGUAUUUCAAGAAGGCCUUUUACUAUACGCCACCAAUUCCGCAACUUGCACAAGCUUUCGAUAUUCAAACGGAUGUCGAGCCUGGGUGGAGUCAGGAUCCGAAUAAUCGUAUAUAUGCUUCUUACCCAACUUACUUCAAUCCAGGCGUUAAACUCAUGAGAGAUGCAUUCAAGACAAUGCCAGGCGUGGUAUUUCCAAAAGAUUGCUGUGGUGGCUCAAAUGGUGUCUACUACUUCCCAAGCUCAAUGGACCCCAAUAACUUCACGCGAUCAUAUGCCCGUACAGGACACUGGAACGGAAUCAGCCGACCAAACUACGAGUUGCUUGUGGACAGCAAAGUGAACAAGAUUCUUUUCGACGGCACCAUUGCUACCGGAGUGCAAUUCAUUCCCGCUCGGGGCACAGGAGAUGCCAGAACGGUCAAGGCAAGGAAAGAGAUCAUUCUCGCGGCUGGAUCUGUUCAUACGCCUCAGAUUCUGCAACUUAGUGGCAUCGGUCCAUCAGCGUUGUUGAAGGAAGCCAGGAUCGAAGUUAAAGUCGACCUCCCUGGUGUCGGCCAAAACUUCCAAGAUCAUGGCUACAUUUCCAGUGUUGGUUACAAAUAUCCCAACAUAACCUUCAACGGCUCUCCCUCCAGCGUCAGCGGCCCUAACCUCGGAGCCUUCGUUGGCCUCCCCGUCAUCUCCCCUUCUAACUACGAAAAUAUCGCAUCCACUUUCGAGUCUCAAGAUCCCGCGAAAUACCUUCCCAACAACACCCAUGCCUCAGUCAUCGCCGGCUACGCAGCACAGCAGAAAGCCUACGCACGCCACAUGCGGUCUCCACAAUUCACCUUCCUGGAACAACUUAUCGGCCCCGGACCCGGCGGCAGCAUCCAAAGUAUGCACCCCGUAUCGCGCGGAACCAUCAAUAUCGAUCCCAAAAACCCCACCGCAGAACCCAUCGUAGACUACCGGGCCCUAUCUAAUCCUACCGACUUCGACAUCACAAUCGCGCAGAUUAAAUUCAUUCGGCGCUGGAUGGCGCAGGAUAUCUUUAAACCCUAUGGUCCGGUUGAACAGAGUCCCGGGCUGGAUAAGACCAGUGAUGAACAGCUUAUUGAGUGGAUCAGAGGGGUGUAUUCGCCGACGGUGUUUCAUCCUAUUGGGACUGUAGCGAAGACACCGAGGGAGAGGGGAGGUUGCGUAGAUGAAGAACUGAGGGUAUAUGGGACAGAGAGGUUGAGGGUGGUUGAUGCGAGUAUUAUGCCAGUGCUUGUGGGCGCGACCACUUGUCAGACGGUUUAUGCUAUUGCUGAAAAGGCGGCGGAUUUGAUUAUGGCGGGACAUUGA